ACAUUUUAAUGGUCAGAAUCUUUUUCCUGGGUUGGAUGCCAAAACCAGGCGUUGCGUCUGCAGAGAUGAACGUGACAAACUGCACAGACCCUGAGGCCGAGUUCCAGUAUCACCUCUUCCCUACGGUCUACAUCCUCUCCUUCGUCAUUGGACUUCCAGGGAACCUGGCGGCGCUCUAUUACUUCACGGUUAAAAUAUCUCCGCGCACGCCCUUCAGCGUCUACAUCAGCAACCUGGCCGUGGCGGACAUCCUCAUCCUCUGCACGCUGCCCUUUCGGAUCCACUACCACCUCAACCGGAACAACUGGGUGUUCGGGGACCGGGCGUGCCUCCUCACCGGCACGCUGCACUUCGCCAACAUCUACACGAGCAUCUUCUUCAUGACCUGCAUCUGUGUGGACCGCUACGUCGCCACCGUACACCCGCACUCGUACCUGAGGAUCCGGAGCUCCUCCUGCUCCCUCGCGGUCAGCGUGGGGCUGUGGAGCGUGUGUGGAGUGGCCAUCCUCGUCUUCAUCCUCAUGGGUCCGCUCAAAAGUGGAGACGCGUCCGCAGGCCACAAAUGCUUCGAGAACUUUGACAAGACAGAGUGGGAGAACCGGCUGAAUCUGUACAGCAUCCUGGUUUUAGGCUCCCUGGUGCCGUCCGCAAUCAUCCUGGUGUGCUACCCGCUGGCGGCGCGACGCAUCUCCAGGUUCAAGACGAAAACGGCCCAGAAGGCCAUCAAGGUCAUCUACGCCAUCCUGGCCAUCACCGUGCUCUGCUUCCUGCCCAACCACGUGGUCUACCUGCUGCACCUCCUGCAGCGCAUGAACAUCAUUCAGAGCUGCUCCGCCCGCAGGGUCAUUUACAACGCCCGGCGGGUCACCAUGGCGCUCGUCGUCCUCAACACGUGCCUGGAUCCUGUCCUGUACUACAUGACCACCAACCACUUCAACUGGAGGGCCUUGAAGACAUCGUGGCUGUGGGGGAUGGUCAGCAGGAGGAGGGGCAUUUACACCAUUUCAGUCAUCGAGGGGCAAAAAUCAGGAAGUGACACUUUAACUUCGGAACCGAAGCACAUUGAAUGCAACUGGAAUCAAGGGUAGUUCACAAAAUGACCACUAGGUGGUAGAUUAUACAAAGUUCAUGUGAGCACUGAAAGGUCCGUUUGAUGGUUUCAUUUGAUACCCGUAAGGCUUAUCCGUCCCACCUAUUUGCAAAGUUUUGGAAAGCAGGCAAGAUGGCAACGACCCAUAGACUGUAGAAUCACUGGACAGCUCAACCCCUCCCCCCUCAUGUUCCACACAGGAAGUGCCUGCUGGUUCCGAGAAGUCAAAGUCCCACAGACUUCUAUUGAGAGAUUAAGUUAUUUCUCAUUCUGUUGACCAGAAUAACAAUUCUUGCUCUGAUACAUUUUUCUCAACAUCUUCUUUCCAAUUCUAACAUUUUUUUAAAGAUAUUUUUUUUUUAUCGCGACUUAUUCAAAUAAUAAACUGACCUAUCAGAUGCCUCGGUAAAAGCAUGUGGUGCCUGCUGGCCCCGCCUCCCACAUUUGAUUGAUAGUUUUUCCCUAGCCGCUCUCAAUGGAAGGGGUGUGGACUUUGAGCAAACUCACUCCUAAUUGGCAACUUAAGUUGCGCUAAAAAUGUGACCAAUCAGACCAAUCACUGUUGUCUGGCUCCAAAUGGCCCCGCCCAUAAUGAGGAAAAAAUUCUUGACUGAAUUGGCCUCAUUUUAUGAGAGCCGGAGUUAAACGAUUUUCUCUGGGUGACGUCACACCCUGCUUUGUCCAGUCAUAAUAUAUGUCUGUGCAACAACCACAGAGCUGAAGUGCCUUCAACUCGUCCCAAAACAAAGCCACUAGGGGGCAGCAUCGCCCCGUCUGCCAUCUUUAUAAAGUCAUCGAUAACGCUGUAUGCUAGCACAACACUGUAAAUCUUUCUGAAAGAACGUUAAAGUAGAUAUCAUUUUUAAAAAAGAAAUGUUUAUUAAUGUUGUCAAAAUAAAACAAUUUCUGGAUCUAAAUCUUUUGACCAACGAUUAAAGAAGAGUUUGUUUACAAAGGAAAGCAAAGACUUGAUGUUAUUUACACUGAAGAAGUUUUGGUGCCAGGAAGGAGUUUUCAGCCUAAAGAACUCUCUUUAAGGAAAGUUCACAUUCUUGUCACAGUUUUGGAAGUCCAGAUGGAAGUCACUUUUUCAGCACAGAUGAGAGAAAGCUCCCGAGGUCUUCAUCCUGAUGAGAGAGAGGCAAUUUUUAUUAAAACUCAUGAAAAAAACAAAAAAUAAAAA